AUGCUGAGCACAGAAAUCUUUUCAAAGCAGAGCAUUACUCAACCAGGCCCAUAUGAUAAAAAUAUAACUCUUAACUCUAAACAGGACAUUUCAAUGAAUUCACAGAUAAGAAUGAGACCUAAACUUGGGAAAAUUGACCAUACUAAGCCUUCUCGUCUUUCAUUACCCCCUAUGGAUAAUCAUGUUCCUUACAAAAUUACUUCAAAGAUUAAUAACAGUAGAUCUCAAGUCAGAUUUUCUAUACCAGAUCUAAACAUGGUAGAUGACGAUUGUUCUUAUAUAUCAAUAUCGAACUCCCCACAGAAAAUUGUGUUUCCUAGAGAACCUAUUGAAAAUAGAGAACUUGAUGAUGAGGAAUUGACAAGCAUAUAUUCUGAUUCCCAAAUAUCGUCACUAGGUUAUUUAAGAGAUUUUAAGUCACCAACAAAGAGAGAACCAAAAAAUCUAUUGAAGGAUAAAUUGAAUUUAGUAGACUUACAAACAAAAGUGAUGAUAGACGUGCCUGAAAGCAUAUGGAAAUAUCAUGAAAGUCAGAGAAAAAAUAAUAAUAGUAAAAACACCCCCGGUCACAGGAAAACAAAAUCAAUGCAUAAUAUUUUUAAUCCAUAUAGAGAUAUGAAGAAAUUCAAGGAACCUAAUUCAUCAUUCGUAUCUCAGGAAUGGGUCCCUUCUCAUCAAAGAUCGAAAUCGUUACAGUCAAUAAUUGCCGAAACUGUAAAAAUAUAUCAUGAAGAAGAUCAAACUAAGUUUAAUGAUGACACAUCAUUGUCUACUUUUAAUGAAACUGUCAGCACGGUUUCACCACUAAACAUACGGCAACCAGGGGUGUAUUCAAAAAGUACUAAGAAAUCUCACUUGUUUUUAACCUCUGAAUCUCCAUUAAACAAAUACAAAGUCUCAGUACCAUUAGAAAUUAAUCUACCUCCAUACUUAUCACCCCAAAAUAAAGAGAAAAAUUAUCAUAGGAAAAAUUUAAUUUAUAAUGGUCAAGGAUAUAGUACGUUUAAUGAGGAUUCAGAAGAUACAACACCAGAAUCUGAAAGAACAAAAUCUCUGCCAGAAGAGGAUGAGGGAUCAAGUUUUAUUUUGGAUUCACUUAUUGGUGACGAUUCUCUACCAUUUGCAACAAACGAUAUAUCAAUUGAUGUGGGAAACAAAACUGUAGAAGAUACAGAUGUAUUCCUCGGUAUUGAUGAACAAGCCAAUGUUAAUUUAAAAUUACAAAACAGAAACAUUAGAUCGAACUCAAAAACUCCCAAGAGGCCACCUCUUCCGACAAAAGAUUCUCAAUUCAAAUUUCCAAGUUCCACCACCAAGGAUAUCGUGAGCCCAAAUAAAGUGUCAUUACCACAAGAUAAUACUAAACCUAACAGUGAGGCCCUAGAGAUUCUUGCAACUCCAUCGAAGAGUAUUGUCAUACCAUGUUUAGACGACGCUGAUUACCAAACCCCUAAGAAUCCAAGUACGAACGGUUCCCUGAAAUUUUUUGAAAACUUCGAACCUCUUUCCAAUGAGGAUCAAAAUACUUUGAACAUAGCAAAAGACCCAAGUAGGGUCAAUGGUAAACUGAAUCUCGCUUUCAAAUUUCCAUUCAACAAGGCAAAUAAUAGAACAUUAGAAUGUACCAAUAACAAUUCGGUGGAAGAAACAACAGAUUUUCUAAAAGUUGCACCCACAUCAGUAGAUCGUGGAUUUGAAGAAAGACGUCAAAGAUUGAUUCACAAUCAGUCAGUUCAUAAAUCACCUGUUAAUAAACUUGGGCAUGCACAUAGAAGGACACAAAGUAUCCACAACAUUGAAUUCACUGUAUUUGAUGACAUGAUAGCACCUCAAUCGUCCUUCGAUGCUGCCUCGACUCCCCAAAAGGAUGACAACGCAGCUCCAGAAGUUCCAGAUAGAUCGCCAUUUAGAAAUCUAACUUCAGUAGUAGCAGAGUCACCAGUUAUUAAAAUCUCUCCUCCUCCUGAGAAAACACAGGACAGUAUAAUAUUAAUCUCCGAAAGGAUUAUAUCCUCUUCACCAAAAUUAGGAAUCAUGAAUGCCAGUAGACCCCUUUCUUCGAUCCAGUCAUUUAGUAAACCGGUGUCUUAUAAAGAUAUUAGAAAUAUGCAUGCGAAUGAAAACAUAGUGAUACCAGAUGAUAUUCUUACAAAUAAGACUGCACCUAUCAAAAACUUCAAUAGUCUAUCUCCUAGAAGAAGUUUAUCAAAUAACGGUAGUCAUCAGUCAUCAUCUGCAACAUCUUAUACUAAUUCUCAAUUUUCGAAAGCCUCAUUUACUACGGUCGACACAGAUAUGGAAGCUAUUCAAGAGAUUACGGAGACAGAGUUGAUUAAAAAGAAUAAUAUCCCAGCUAAUCAUCCGUCUACAUCGAAAGAGAGGAAAAAAGAGAACGACUCAAGUUUCGAAAUUGUUAAAGAAAUCAGGGAUGGUAAAGAAAUUGAUGUUAUUAUACUAGAUGAUGUGGAAGAACCUCUGAAAGCUACCUCUAAGAGGAAGAAAAAAUCGAGUCGUACAAGACUACCAAAGAAUAAGGAUUACAAUACUAUUCUAGAUAUGUGUGAAAAUACGGCAUCUGAGGCGAAGGAUAUUAUUUACAAAUUAGUAUCAGAAACAGAACCAUUAAAUGUUAACGAAAAUGGUGAAAAGAGUAUGCAAAACAUCUCUUCGAAAAACGAUCAACGUGAGCGUUAUUUAAAAAGAUUCAACCGAACGAUGAGGGUGACCUCAAACGUAAAAUAG